AGGGGGGUGGGGGGAGAGAGAGAGAGAGAAGCUCGCUAGCAGCGGGGUCAAACGCUAACCUUUCCCUUCGGCUGUUUUGCACGCCAGGCGUGGGUGGAGAAGAGACGGAAAAGCGGAUCGGGGCGGCAGGGGGUGGGCAAGGGGGCUUGUCUGGGCUCCUCAUCAGCAGAUCUGGAAAGGAAGCGAUUGCAGCAGAACCGGCUCCUGCCCAAUGGCUCAGACUGCUGAGUGAGAGGCGCGCUCGUGGGUUUGCUCCCCUCCCUCCUUCCCUGCUGAUCUCGCCUCGCGUAAUUGAAGUAGAGAGCGGAGGGCGCAGUAGACGCCUUCAGACAUGGCGGGGACCGAAGGCAUCGCAGCAGAUGCAGUUUCAACAUCUGCCUAUGCAUCUCCAGCAAGAAGUUUAGGAGAUCCAGGAAUCACACCAUUGUCUCCUUCUCACAUUGCGAAGGACUCAGAUGCAAAUCAUGCCGAGGAGCAGACAUUUCUUGUUGUGGUGGCUAUUGACUUUGGCACAACUUCCAGUGGUUAUGCUUACAGCUUCGCCAAGGAACCCGAAUGUAUUCAUGUAAUGAGGCGAUGGGAAGGAGGAGAUCCUGGUGUGGCCAAUCAGAAGACACCAACAACUAUUCUUUUGACCCCAGAAAGAAAGUUCCACAGUUUUGGUUAUGCGGCUCGAGAUUUCUAUCAUGACCUAGAUCCUAAUGAAUCAAAACACUGGCUAUAUUUUGAAAAAUUUAAGAUGAAGCUCCACACAACCAGUAACCUGACUCUGGAAACUGACUUGUCAGCAGCAAAUGGCAAGAAAGUCAAGGCCCUUGAAAUAUUUGCCUAUGCUCUGCAGUACUUUAAGGAACAAGCAUUAAAGGAACUGAGUGACCAAGCUGGGUCAGAGUUUGAAAAUUCUGAUGUGCGAUGGGUCAUCACAGUGCCUGCUAUCUGGAAGCAGCCUGCAAAGCAGUUUAUGAGGCAAGCUGCCUACAAGGCAGGCAUGGCCUCCCCAGAGAUUCCUGAACAAUUGAUAAUUGCCUUGGAACCAGAAGCUGCAUCAAUUUAUUGCAGGAAGCUCCGCCUUCAUCAGAUGAUAGACCUAAGCAGUAGAGCGCCUGUCAAUGGCUACACUCCCAGUGAACCUAUUGCCUCAGGUUUUACACCAGCAAAAGAACAUAUUCGACGAAAUCGACAGAGCCGCACAUUUUUGGUUGAAAACGUCAUAGGAGAAAUCUGGUCCGAACUGGAGGAAGGUGACCGUUACAUAGUUGUGGAUGGGGGAGGAGGAACAGUUGAUGUGACUGUGCACCAGAUCAGGUUACCAGAAGGACACCUGAAGGAACUAUACAAGGCAACAGGAGGCCCAUAUGGUUCUUUAGGUGUAGACUAUGAAUUUGAAAAACUUCUGUGCAAAAUAUUUGGUGAAGAUUUUAUUGAACAAUUUAAAAUCAAGCGACCUGCUGCCUGGGUUGAUCUGAUGAUAGCGUUUGAGUCUCGCAAGAGAGCAGCAGCUCCAGAUCGGACAAAUCCACUGAAUAUCACCCUGCCUUUUUCUUUCAUUGACUACUACAAGAAGUUUCGAGGUCACAGUGUAGAACAUGCCUUAAGGAAAAGCAAUGUGGAUUUUGUGAAGUGGUCCUCCCAAGGAAUGCUGAGAAUGAGUCCUGAUGCAAUGAAUGCCCUCUUCAAACCUACAAUUGACCAAAUUAUAGAGCAUCUCAGUGAGAUUUUUGAAAAACCUGAACUGACAAAUGUCAAGUUCCUAUUCCUUGUGGGUGGAUUUGCAGAAGCCCCACUUCUACAACAAGCUGUCCAGAAUGCUUUUGGUUCAAAAUGCCGAAUCAUCAUUCCUCAAGAUGUGGGGCUUACCAUCCUCAAAGGAGCAGUCCUCUUUGGUCUGGAUCCUGCUGUCAUUAAAGUGCGUCGUUCCCCCCUGACCUACGGGGUGGGAGUCCUGAAUCGCUACGUGGAAGGGAAGCACCCUACUGAAAAGUUGCUAGUUAAAGAUGGCACCCGUUGGUGCACCGAUGUCUUCGACAAGUUUAUCUCGGCUGACCAGUCCGUGGCGCUUGGGGAGACCGUGUCCCGCAGCUAUACCCCUGCCAAGCCUUCUCAGCUGGUCAUUGUGAUCAACAUCUACAGCUCGGAACACGAUAAUGUGAAUUUCAUCACUGAACCUGGAGUGAGGAAGUGUGGCACACUGCGCUUGGAUCUCACAGGAAGUGAGAAAUCCGUGCCAGGCCGGAGGGAAAUUAAAACACUAAUGCAGUUUGGAGACACUGAGAUUAAAGCCAUGGCAAUUGAUGUUGCCACUUCUAAAAGUGUAAAAGCUGGCAUUGAUUUCCUAAACUACUGAUAUUUUUUUUCUUUUCUUUUCCAUGACCCUCACCACCUAUUGUUUCAAUGUUCUGUUCACUGGCUGCCAAAAACAUCCUGCAUUUUGGCUAGAUAGAUAAAGCAUAGAAGAAGAAAGCAUCAGGAUUUUUGAUUAUUAUUAUUUUUUGCUCUUGAAAUUACCUAUUCAGAAUCUGAACAUAGUUAUCAGGUGCUACACAGUAAAGUGAACAACCCAAAUAUGUAAUGAAAAUUAAGCGCUGAAAUAUUACUGCUCUAUUUAUUUGGGAGACAUGUCUCUUUACUUGAUGUCUUUCAAAUGUUCUGAAUUCUAGGGACUAAUAUAAUCUAACCUGUUAUUUCUACAUUUAGGGUACUUUUUUUUUUGAACCACUAAAAGUGAAAUUUAUAACCAUGAUUUGUGGUUAACAGUUUCAAAGUAGAAAUAUCUUUUCAGCAAUUUUAAAAGAUAACCUCUCUUAUUUAUAUGAUGGAGAAGGAAUACUGCAAUUUAAGCAUGUCAAAAUGCAAAUGAACAGCUGCUGCAAAUCAGGAUUAGAAAUUGAGUCUUUGUAGCACAAAACUGUUACUUCUUUAUAGGAUCAAAUGAUGUGUUGGUGGGGGUUUGCUUCUGUUCAAUGAAGUUUUAAGUUGGUAAAUCUGUUAGAGCUGUAAUCUUACUAAAGAAAUGAUCCAGUAGUAACAUUUGUGGGAAAUGCUGAAGCAAGAAGUAUACUUAAUUUCUAGAUAAUGCCAACACAUUGGAACAUUAUCAUUGUAGGAAAGGAAUUCCUCCCCCCUGUGGAGAGAAGUGACACUGCACCUGAAUAAUUGGCCAUUUAUAGUUUUAAAAACAUUCAAUUACAAUGUUCUGUCCAAUUAAUUAACACCAACUUUAAUUUUGCAACACUGAUGCUUGCAUUUCCCUCUUUUUCAAUAUUGAAUAGAAAUGCUUCCCAAAGAUUAAACCAAUUCUGUAAAUGAGAAAGUGUCUCCACUUCCCAUUUUACUGUUGGCAACCUCUGGCUUUAUUUAUCUAUACCUCUCUCAGCCAGUUCUUGUACAAAACAAAGGGUGUGUGGUAGCAAUAGUUAACCAGAGAUCAUCUCUAUCCUCAGGUUGUAGAGCGAAAGAAUCCAUUUUCAUUGUCUUUCUCAGCCAUGCCAAACAAAGGAAAAACUUCCUGUGUUGAUCCUAGAGAGUGGUAUCUCAUACAAGAAAAGUGAUAACAUUUUCCUGGGGCCAACUUAAUUAUUUGAUAAAAUAAUUUAUAUAAAUAUAACUCCAUAGAAGUUACUCAACGUUUCAUUAAGAAAAUAAUAUUAAAUUCACAACUAGGCACAAUGUCAGUUAUAUACCAAUCCCUGCAGAAUCAGAUGCUCUCCCUACAUCUUCCCUUUGGAAUAACUGCAUAAACCAGGGGUGUCAAACCUGCUUGCACCGCGGGCCGUAUUGUGGUGUAUCACAACGUUUUUGCCUUUGUGGAGCCGGGGUGGGUGUGGCCUGCACAAGCUGUAUCUGACCUAUGGGCCGCCAGUUUGACAGGCCUGGCAUAAACUGAUGUUCAAGAAGUUGAAUGUUCCUUGAAGGAAAUGUACUGUCUUCAAUUUAGCUCCUUGUGAGCUUCUUCCAUUCUGUGACCAAUAGCCUGACUUUAGCAAUAGGCUCCAGGAAAAGUAACUUCUUGGCAGAGAAAAAGAAAACCCUGCAAAAAAGUAGUUGAGCUGUGUUAUUUCUGACCAGAAGAGGGAGUACAGACAUUAUUUCUGAGAUCACUUAAAUGGCUUCCAAGGGACACAACAAUACAUUCAACCUGAGUGAAGCUUUAAUUGACUUAUGUCCAAGAAGGGAGAAUGAAACAUCAAUCUUCACAUAGAAACUGACUAAAACUCUAGUGCCAUCUUGUCCAAACUGGUGUCAUCCAGUAGUGUUGACCUGUAAAUCCCAGAAUUCCCAGGCAAGAUAAUCAGCAGCCAUGUUGUAUAGGAUUUCUGGAAGCUACAAUGUCAAAACUCCCUGAAAGCACUACAUUGUGGAAGAUCCCUAGCAACAGGGGGUUGCCUCUGCUCAGUCUGUCAAAAACUGCCUAUGCCAUGGACAAAUCUUUGAUGUGACUAGAUGAUUUGAUGAAAAUACACUGCCAGCCUAGUGUGUCUUUCUAGGCUAACAACUUACAAUAUGAAGCUGCUUCCAGUUGAGCACUACAAUUCAGGGCUUGAUAGGUAGCUAAUUCCAACAUGUUGGAUUUGAGGCCAAAUUCAUGACAGCAGAAGGGUCUGUUUUGUCAGCUGGAAGCUGACACUUCCCCCCCCUCACAACACUGAGAAAACACAUAGUCAUCCACUGAAAUCCAUUAUGCUUUCAAGAUGUCUGAAAGCUAAUUGUUUAGCUGGAUCUUUUUUCCUAUUAGCUAUGCAUGAACGAAAAGCCAUAGAAUCAUUUUUUUCCCCUCUCAAAAUCUCAGAUUUCUUAUUAAACACAUAAUUUAGGGACAAACUUUGCAUCAUACAAACACUUUGAUUUUCUAGGAAGAAUUAAGGUCCAUUUUUGCAUUAUAUCUUAUAAAUAUUUCCUGAUAGAAUGAAAAUAAGCUUUGAUUUACUAUCAGAGGAGUAGAUUGGGUCAUUUUAAUGACAUCUAAACUUUUUCCUCCAAUAAUUAUUCCCUUGGAAUAAUUAUAAAGUAUGCAUGCUGGCAUUUCUUCUUUCAUCCUGACUGCUGCGUUUUUAAAAGGCAUAUUUUUUCCCUGUAUGAGUGAAUGAAUGCCUUUCUGUAGCUUUCAAAUAAGCAACUCCAUGGAAUGAGCUAUGAACAAGAAUUAUUUGAUGUAUAUACAAUAUUUAAAUAUUGUACAGAUGUUUUCUUUCUGAAAGUGGUAUUUUCUUGUACAGAAUGAUCUUUAUCCCUGUUGAUUUGCAUCAGUGUUUAAUUUUAAAUAAUAUAGUUUCUUCUGUGACUUCAGUAAUUACAGGCUUUUAAAGAUGACAAGAGAUGUAAUGCACAAAGAUGAUCUUAUAAUAAGGGGAGUGGAGUGUCAGGAUGUCAGACAGUACCACAUUAUUCUCCGUGCUACGCAAAUAAUAGCUUACAGACACAGUGCUGGAUUUUUCAUUAUUUUUGCUUUAACAGGUACAGGCUGCCUUAAUGCUAUGCAUCUGUGUUCUGCUUUGGAUAAUACCUACUCUAUAUAGAAAGUAGAUGAUCAGUUACCACAUUUUCACACCAAAUGAACUCGUUUCAAGGCAUACAUUUUAUUUUAGUUAUGUCUCUUCUGCCAGACAAAAACUGAACCACAAUGAAGCAUCAGGAAGGAAGGGCCCCCAGCAAUGGCAGAUGAGUUGAAGUUAGUACAAGCCGGUACCAUCCUCUGAUUACAGAAAUAUAUCAAGCUAAGUCAGGAAUCGGCUCAAUAUAAAAUCACACAUUGGAUACUUUAAUGCCUGGAUAAGCCUCAAAUGAGUGUUUCUCAAUCUUGGCAAGUUUAUGACAGGUGGACUUCCAUCGCCCAGAAUUCCCCAGGUAGCAAGCAUGGGAAUUGAAGUGCACCCGUCAAACUUGGCCAAGGUUGAGAAACACUGCAAUAGAACCAAUGGUACUUUUUCUGUAUUAUGAAAUCUAUAUCCCAAAUUGUGGAAACACAAUUGUUGACUGAGUCACACAAUUUCACUGUAACCGUACAGUGUACAUACUUCCGUGUUUUCCCCAAAAUAUUUUUUUGAACCCUGAAAUAAGUGCUUGGCCUUAUUGCCAUGUACUCAAAAGCCUGAUUGGACUUAUUAUCAGGGGAUGUCUUAUUUUGGGGAAAACAGGGAACAUUUCAUUUUUUUCUCCUACUCCCAUGACUAUCUACUUGCUACAUCAUCAUAACCUCAAUAGAAUGCUGGUUUAUGACUUAGAAUUAACAUAAGGGCAGAAAUGAUUAAAAAGUGCCACAAGUGCUUGCUGUUCAUUACUGUGGCUUUAAAAGUCAUAACUUUCAUGAGUGAUUCUUUGAAGCUGUAACCUCCCCCCCCCCAGCAGAAGCUGAAAAGGUCAGACUACUUCAAGCAAUAGCAAAAAAUGGCACUGGCAGGAGGUGUGAAACAUUUAUUUCCUUUUCAAAGUGCAGGACCCUCUUUCAUAAUGGAGAUACAAAUUUUAACCCAAUACUGCACUUCAGAAAUAAGCCCCCAACCCAGCAGGGCUUACUCCUGGGAAAAUGGUUUUAGAACUACAGUGCUUAUGACUUGUAUCAGAAAAACUGGAUGCAACUACGUAAUUUCCAUCAGCCUACUUCAGAGCAGGUUUGUUGCAGGAAGGAAAAGUUUAGGGAUGUCUAAACUAUCAGCACUUUUUCCCUCAAGCUGUUGAAUUGUCAGCUUGUGUGAGGAAGAAAUUUCAGUCACUUCAGAUCCUUCUUGCUUAUUCUUUUCUUUGCACAAAUGCCGUCUUGUUCUGACUUUGAGGAAGGCUGAUUAGAAUCACUUUCCAAUCUGAAUUGUUUUUCAAAGCCAUAGGUUUAUCAAUCCACUUUUGACAAAUUCAUUUCCCCCUUUUACAUAGCAAACCAAAUUUAAAAUGGAUUCCUGCAACAACACCCCUUCCUUUCCAGCAUAUAUUUAUUGAAAUAUCCUCAUUUGAUUUUAGAUUACUUUUCAAAGAGUUAUAUUUCUGGUACAGAAAGCUUGAUAGGAGCAAGGUUUAUUUUUGUUAUAAACUUUUAUUUUCCCUAAACAAAAGUGCAUGCAUAGCAAGCAUCUGUACUCCUCUGUCUUCAUGAAUCAAGCUAUCAACAAAUUAGCUACUAUUCCAGGUCUAAAGUACUAUAUUCCUACAUUAUUGAGAAGCCACAUACUUGUGAUGCAAGGUGUUAACGUGUCGCUUGCGGGAGGCCAGAGGUCCUUUAAUUUCUGCAUAAAGAUUUGUUCCUUUUUAAAAAAUGGAUUACAAUAAUCUUAAAGUUAACCAGUUGUUUAGCAGUGCAGAGCUUACAUGAAAAUAUUGCCUUUGGAUGGAGAGACAUGUAAGAUUCUGAACUGAUUAAUGCCUCAAUGUGCUUUGUUUCAUAUGCCUGCAGCCAAUGAAGGGAGAUAACUCGUGGAGGGCUGCUAUGCUUGCAAGAUAUAUAGUAUAGCCAACAAACCACUUCAGCUAUAAUCCUGCCAACAGAAGUACAAAUAUAUUGGCUGAUUUGCUCUUUUGGGGCUUGUGCUACUUUUAGUUAUAUAUAUAUAUAUAUAAAGCUUUCGACAGUUUUUAGAAUAUAUAUACACAUGGAUACACAAACAAAUAUAGAAUGCCACUGAUAUAAGAUUCAGGUUUUGGGAAAAUAAUUUUCUUCCCUGCUGUCACCUCCGCCCUAAACUGAACAUAAUUUUGCUGGAUGUUCUCUCUGCCACUCAGGUUCCACCCUCCCCUUCCUAAAAUAAUAGUGGAAAUAGGAUAGAUGUUUAAUGGAACAGUUUAGAAAUAGAAUAUGUAAUCCUGUGACAACUUCAGGCUUUAUUAUGAAGCACUAGGUUACACUUAAAAUAAAUGGUAAAUAAAUACUUAUUUAUAGGUAGAAUUUAUCCUGUCUUAAGUUGGUAGAAACCACCAAAAUGCAAGUAGGAAAUUGGAAGUUUCCAAAUUAUAAACUCUUAUCUACCAUCUGCUGCAGUAAUGGGUUUCAAUUUCGUUCGCGACUGGUUUGGUUGUGGGUGCGCGCGUGAUACUUCUGCGCAUGCACAGAGAUGUCCUGGUGGAACCUCCCGCCACCACUGCUACCAGUUAGCCUGAUCCGGGCCAAACCGGUAGCAACCCACCACUGAUCUGUUGGUUUCUUGCAAAUGGACAAGAUGUUGACUGUGUGAAAAGACACAGGUUCAAGUCCACUCUAAGCCACAGAAAUGUGUGGGUAACUUUGGGCCAAAUGCUUUCUUAACAGUCCAGCUGAUCUCAUGGAGUUGUUGUCAGGAGGGAGAAAAAUGGAGUCUCAAGUGCACCACUUUGAGUUCCUGGAGAAAAGGCAGGAUAUAAGAAGAAACAUAAAUGAAGUUAUUUAGUAAAAUAAUUUAAUAAAAAUGUUGUAAAAGGAAGGCUUGUUCUACUGAUAAAAUCUUCACCCUGAACAGCAACAUUUCUCUGUUUUCAGUAGAAGUUUCUGUUAAGGCAAAAUCUUAAGAAAUCUGGAAACUAGAAAACUUGUCAAUCAAAUCUGGGCUUGCUAAAAGAGAUCUCUGCUAUUUGGAUAAGCAAAUAUAUCAAUAUGUUACAAGAUCUACUUUUCAAACAAGGAUUGUGUAAUAAUUAUGGCAAAUUGCAAUAUUUAUGGGGAAAAAAAAUCCAGGUACUUGUAGGUUGUGGAGCAUAAGGCCAAUAUAUACAUCUAUGCUUGGAUAGCUUCUAAAAGUUUAUAAAAACAAUCUGGUCCGUGUGAUUUCAUUGACUGCCUGCCUUGUUCCAGAUUCUUAAAUACCACUAAAUUCUGAAGAUUAGAGUUUAUUACAUUUACAUCUGAAAACUGCUGUUCAAAAUUUCAAAUAAAUUAGUAAAUCAUGUU